UCAACACCUAACUUUGUACGUCGUCUGAUUCGAUCCCCAUACGAAUCAGACAAUAGUGAGAGACAUCUUCUUUGAUUAUUACCAAACUUCAUCCUUUGAUUCGAAUCCUAAUUAAGAUUAAACCCUAAAAUUCUUUUGAGUCUCUUUUCAUAGCUAGUCAUCAAUCUUGAAACCCUGAUUCCAUGGUUUCUACAUUUCCAUUGAUCUUUGUUUCAAGAUAAAUGGGAAGCUUUCAUCGCCGGACCUUUUCUUAUGAUAAACUUCCGUCCGAACCCAUUAGGUUGUCCGUUCUCAAACUAGAUGGCUCUUCCUUCGAUGUCUAUGUAACGACCUCAGCAACCGUUGGGGAUCUCAAGCUUGCCAUAGAGACUACCUUCAGCCAUGUCCCCAAGAAAGGUCCCUCCAAGAUCUCAUGGUCACAUGUGUGGGGGCAUUUUUGUUUGUGUUUCGGUGGUCAGAAGUUAAUUACCGAUACGGAUUGCAUCGGAAGUUAUGGGAUGAAGGACGGUGAUGAGGUUAGGUUCAAAAACCAUGUGUCAGGCAAUGCAGUAUUGAGCAAGGGUUAUUCUAGAAAAUCAAAACAAAAGAAUCUAGAGAGGAUGUUACCAAAGGAUGGAGAUGGAGAAAUGAAUAGAAUCGAAGAGAUUGAUGACUCUUGGGAUGAUCUCGAGAAAGGAGGCUUCGUGAGGUACAAAGAUGAUAAUGACAUGGAAGCUUCUUCAAAUGAAAGCAAUAGGUCUUGUCUAUCCAGUGUACGAGGUUGCUGCUUUGCUUUGGGGAUCAAGGAGCUUCUUGGGUUUGGUAAUGAACGAGCCUAUUACUCUUUGAGAGAUACUUGGAGAGACGAUUGAAGUUUUUUGUGUGUUUGUU